CGCUACUUCUAUCCAGCACUCCCAUACCAGAGACAUCCCUCGCAAUCGUGCACGCGUUCCCGCCUCGUCGAGUUGCAGGGCUCGCUACUUGUACUCCAUUGCAGACCAAGAGGAAGGGGAGGGACCACCUGCCAACCCAGAGGAGAAUCUGCGCUGUAGCCGCUCUCCCAUCCACCCAAGCUCUCGCUCUGCUAGCCGACGGACAAACGCAAUGGAUUUCACGCCGAAUGACAAUGAUGUGGACAUGAUGCACGAUGACUCGAUGCUCAACGCCAAUCUGGCAGCUCAGUACGGUCACCCGCAACAGGGACAGCGUCUUCCGCCCCACCCGGGUAUCCCGGGCAUGAACGCCGAUCCUCAGGCGGUCUUCCCUGGUGUCUACGUGCCUGGUUUGAACCCUAUGGACCAACCUCAGCAGGGUGAUGCCAUGGAGGAAUACGCUCGCCUUAUGGGUAUCAAGGUGGAGAACGACGAUCCAAACGUCAACGCCAACGCCUUCAAUAUGGCCGGUCCCAACAACGAUAUGUCCAAGAUCCAGGCCAAUGCCGCCUACUUCGAGAACCUCAUCAACCGCGACCGCAACGACGGCAUGGAUGACGGUAACAACGUCACGUCCAUGACGUUGCCUGCGGGUAUUGGAGGCGGCAUGAACGGCUUCAUGGGUGCACCCAUGCCACCUGCGCCCCCCAUGUACAACCCCAACACGGAGCUGGCGUUCCAGGACGGAGGCUCUCGACUGUACGAUCCGUCGUCUGGUUUCCCUGGACAGACUCCGCCUCUGCCCUUCCACAAGGGCCCGCAGGUGCGGCCCGGUAUGCUUCCACCCGAUAUGGUCGGGUCGCAAACGUUGCCGCCCGAGAUCAUCUCGGCUAUGAUCAAGAACAAUCCGACGCAUAACUUUGAGAACCUAAGCGAGGACGAGAAACAGGCCUUGAUCAAAGAGGAAAAGUCGAGAGAACGCAACCGUGACCACUCGCGUAAGUCGCGUCUGCGCAAGAAAGAGUUCGUCGAGUCGCUCAAGCACGAGGUCGGACAGCUGCAAGUGUACCAGCAAAUCUGUGAGCAGUGCAUGGAUUGCAUCGCUCUAGUGGCGGCGGAGGCCUCGGCAGUGUUCCUCUUCUCGAGCGCCGCCUAUACGCGCGUUCUUGGAUACCAGAACCACCAGAUUGUGCCCGGUCAGACGAGCUUCCUGGACAUGGUGCACCCGGUGAGUCGGUUAUGAUGUUCGUAUGAUUGUGUUAUAACCGACAUUGCUAAUUAUUUUGUGUAUUUUUUGUGGCGAAUAGGAUAAUGUGCAGGAAGUUCGUGCGGUGUUCACGAAGCUCAACACGCUGGGCGAGACUCAUAGAUUUAAAUUCCGAAUAAAAUCAACGGACGGCGAGUACUUCAACGCGGAGACGACGGCUCGCCUGGCGGAGAAGGGAGUGGUGUGCUCGACACGCGUGGACCGCGACAUCUAAAGCGCGAGCUCGAUGCAGCAGCCUCCACAACGAAGGCGAUGACAGGGCGAUUAGGACAGGUCCAUCGCAGACAGGCUCUGCUUGGCAAACUGCAAUGUGUACGAAGAGCGAACAGGUGGCACCGUCUUAGGAACCAAACAGCAGACAACCUAUAUUUUAAUUAUGUGGUUGACGACAAAAGCGCGGAAAAGCCCGACGAGAGGAACUAGCAUCGAGAAAUACUCGACCCAGAGCAAUGGACGUUAAAUAUACAGACCGCGUUUGAUGGCCGCCACUGUGGAGUCCAAUGUGGACCAUUCGAAGAGCGAUGAUGAUUCAGAGGAAGCUAUGACUCGCUGAUUCAGCCUGCGUCACGUUGGCGUGGCGGUCCUCAACUACAAAUGAGCUGUGCUCGCACUGCAACGUAGUACUUCAGUAGAUCCAUAAUUGUCCUGCUUGCCUAAAAGCGAGUAACUUCCAGUUAUUCCAAGCCUUCGAAUCGAUGGGCUGGUGGAAUAGAGCGCCGCCGUGAAGUUGUCUCGGAUAUGAGUGAAACAAGCCAACGCAGCGUUUUUUCGAGCUACAUCUCGCACUUCCAAAGACGCGAGUUAGAGAGCAGUUCAUUUCUAGCAGUUAUAUCUCAGAUGUGGAUUGACAAAAAUCCUCUUCAAUCCGAUCAAAAAAGAAAUUUUGUUAUAGUCCCGUCAA